UACUGGGGCUGGGGUCCUAGAACCGUGCUCCGGGAUCUGGCUAGAGAUGGAGUUCGACUGCGAGAGUGUGAGACGGCUGCUAGGCAAGAAUAAGUUCAAAGAAAUGAAAUGAUUUUGCCCACAARGUAACCAAGAUAGUAUUUCUGGGAGGACUUCUUCAUAAAUGAGGAGUACAAGUUCAGGGAUCUAACUGUGGAAGAACUAAAGAAUGUAAAUAUGUUUUUCCCACAUUUCAAAUAUUCCAUGGAUACCUACGUUUUUAAAGAUAGUUCCCAGAAAGACCUGCUGAAUUUUACUGGUACUAUUCCUGUGAUGUAUCAGGGUCAUACAUAUAACAUACCAAUCCGUUUCUGGAUUUUGGAUUCUCACCCUUUUGCUCCCCCCAUUUGCUUCUUGAAGCCAACUGCAAAUAUGGGAAUUUCCAUUGGAAAACAUGUGGAUGCACAAGGCAGAAUAUACUUGCCCUAUCUCCAAAACUGGAGCCAUCCCAAGUCCGUCAUUGUUGGAUUAAUUAAAGAAAUGAUUGCCAAGUUUCAAGAGGAACUUCCCCUAUAUUCUCUAUCAUCAUCUGAUGAAGCACGGCAGGUAGACAUGCUAGCCUAUAUUGCAAAAAUCACUGAAGGUGUCUCAGACAUAAAUUCAAAGAGUUGGACAAAUUAUGAUAUUAAACCAGUCAAUAAAAUUACUGUGGUUGGAAAUGGAGAGUUGGGUAUUGCCUGCAUCUUAGCAAUUUCAGCAAAGGGCAUUGCAGACAGGCUAGUCCUUUUAGAUCUCUCAGAAGGAACAAAAGGUGGAACCAUGGACCUUGACAUAUUCAACCUGCCUAAUGUGGAAAUCAGCAAAGAUUUGUCUGCCUCUGCUCAUUCCAAGGUGGUGAUCUUCACAGUCAACUCUUUGGGUAGUUCUGAGUCUUAUGUUGAUGUUGUACAGAGCAAUGUGGAUAUGUUCAGAGCCCUUGUCCCAGCUCUGGGACAUUACAGUCAACAUGGUGUUCUGCUCGUUGCAUCUCAACCAGUGGAAAUCAUGACCUAUGUGACAUGGAAACUGAGUACAUUUCCUGCAUAUCGAGUGAUUGGAAUUGGAUGUAAUCUUGAUUCACAGAGAUUACACUAUAUUAUUACAAAUAUCUUGAAAGCACAGACUUCAGGCAAAGAAGUUUGGGUUAUUGGUGAGCAGGGAGAAGACAAAGUGCCCAUGUGGAGUGACCAAGAAAUGAGUCAUAGCUCUCAGGUGCAGCUGUCCAACAGAGCCAUGGAACUAUUAAAGGUAAAAGGUCAAAAAUCCUGGUCUGUUGGACUAUCUGUAGCUGACCUGGUCGACAGUAUUGUAAACAAUAAAAAGAAAGUACAUUCUGUAUCAAUUUUAGCAAAGGGAUAUUAUGAUAUAAAUAGUGAAGUGUUUUUAAGUUUACCUUGCAUCCUUGGAACUAAUGGAGUAUCUGAAGUCAUUAAAACCACAGUGAAGGAAGACACAGUGACUGAGAAACUCCAAAGCAGUGCAUCCUCAAUCCAUGGUCUCCAACAACAGUUAAAACUUUGACUCUCAAACACAGUUACCUGAAAGAAAAGAUCAUUUAAUUUUGCCAACAUAUAUUAGAUUUGAGUAUGUCUGUGUCUUAUUUAUCUUACAAACUGCUUGGUUAAGGUAGAUGGUUUCUUGGUUAGCUUUGUCAUUUGAUCCUGAAGGAGUUAGAUAAGGAAGGAGAAAAAAAUCUAAUUUCAUUCGGGAUUCUUAACAUAUCUAUACUGUUCUUUAAGUUACAACAAGGACAAACAUGCAUCUGCAGUAUGUAAUAUUUUAAAUUAUGUACCCCAAACUCAAAGCACAUUAAUCACUUUGGAGAUAUACUGAAAGAAAUGCAUUUUAUAAAGGUUACCUUUUGACAUUUAUAAUAAAUAUGAUAACCUAAAGAUCCAGAAUGGGCCUUAUUUAUAAAAUCUGUGCUAGGUGCAUAUUCAAAAGAUUGAUAGUUUAAUGUUGGUGUUCUUUUGCAAAAUACGGUUGGUAAUAAUGGUAAGACAUUUUCUUUUCCUUUUCAAAUUCAUUAGCUACCAGAACUGGGAAAGAAUUUUAUAUGCACUUUAAAAUAGUAAAAGGCAAAUGUAAAAUUUUUAACAUAUAAAGAAAAAGUAUAUGUAAUUUAAUUUCCAGUAGGAUUUCCUUUCUGAAAUUGUCUAUAACCUCUUCUUGGACUAUAUAAGAUCCCCCACAUGACAUGUGAUAGUAGUAGAAGCAUGGAAGAAAUGUAUGUUUUGGUAGAAACAGAUUAUGAGUAAAACCUUUUCUUUUAAAGCCAAAAUAUGAAGACUUCAUAAAAACCAUUGGUCUUAAGGGAUAGAGGCUGAGUGGACUGAUGGUUCUGAGCAAAUCCUUUAACCACUCCAGAAGAAACAAUUCAGAGUACAUAUGCUUUAGAAAUGAAUCAUUAACAAUGUUUUUAAAAUUUUUUUUUUGGUUGUAGAUGGACACAAUAUUUAUUUUUAUGUGGGUGCUAA